UUGCUUGGGAAUUCUCCUCACAGCGAAGCUCAAGAUCCUCGUCGAAACCGCUUUGAUCUUAGAAAUUGCAAAAUUCACUCCCGACUUGUUCAGGUGGUACAAGAGGCACUCGACAAGGCAUCAGAGGGUCGAACAUGUAUCAUCGUGGCCCACCGGCUUUCGACUGUCGUCAAUGCCAACUGCAUAAUGGUGGUCAAAGGAGGAAAAGUAGUUGAAAAAGGAACUCACAGCGAGUUAAUGCAAGCCAAAGGUGCAUAUUGGGCCCUAACACAGAAACAAACUAUGGCCAAGGAAUAA